AUGGCUCGCAGAGAGGCUCCAUCGAUGAAAAGUAGUUCAACGAGCGAUUCGAGAAUAGGGAUCACUAUAGCCAUUGUCAUCUUUCUUGUAUGCGUAUUUGCCGCCUUCUUCCCUAAUGGAGUUUUUGAUUCCGAUCGUCUUCAUGAUCUCUUACUUGAUAAAUCCUAUUCAAAGUUCGGCCCGUUUCAUAGACGAAUUGAGCUUAAGGAUGUUAGAGCUGAAGUUCUUAAUUUUCCAACUUGUUUGUCUGCGUCUGAGUUUGACUUCGUUAUAGUUUUAUGCACAUUACAUGCGGAAUCAGCUCCGUCUGAAUCAUCCGAGCUAUUCAACAUGUUGAAAGCUGAGGUUAUGUCAACAUCAGAGAAGAAUGUUGAACUGAACAGGCAGAUUAAGGAGUUGAAGCUUCAACUGGCCGAGCAACGCAACGAUAGCUCGCACCAAAAAGCUGGGCCUUUUGGCACUGUCAAGGGUGUAAGAACAAAUCAAACAGUUGUUCCUGAUGAAUCAGUUAAUCCAAGAUUAGCAAAGAUACUGGAAAAGGUUUCUGUUCAGAGAGAGGUUAUAGUUAUAGUUGCAAAUUCAAAUGUGAAAGACACGCUGGAGGUGUCGUUUAACAGUAUCAAGACAGCAGGCAUACCAAAUUACUUAGUUGUAGCUCUGGAUGAAGAGAUUGUCAAGUUUUGCCAAGAAAAUAACGUCACAGUGUAUAAGAGAGACCCAGAUGAAGGCUUUGAUUCAAUUGGGAGAAGUAAUAGUGGCUCUGCUGUUUCGGGACUGAAAUUCCGAAUCCUGCGAGAGUUUUUGCAGAUGGGUUAUAGUGUUCUUCUUUCAGAUGUUGAUAUUGUGUAUCUGCAGAACCCAUUUGAUCAUCUGUAUCGCGAUUCGGAUGUCGAGUCCAUGACUGAUGGUCAUGACAACAUGACAGCAUAUGGAUAUAUAGAUGUUUUUGAUGAUCCUGUAAUGGGUCGCUCUCGUUAUAUUUUCUCUACCCGGAUGUGGGUUUUCAACUCUGGUUUCUUCUAUAUAAGACCAACAAUGGCUUCAAUCGAGCUUUUGGAUCGUGUGACAGGACGACUUACUCGAGAUCCAAACCUCUGGGAUCAGAUUGUUUUCAAUGAGGAACUAUUUUUGCCUUCACAUCCUGGGUAUGAUGGUCUUCAUGCUGCCAAGAGAACAAUGGAUUUCUAUGUCUUCAUGAACAGCAAAGUCCUCUUUAAGAUUGUAAGGAAAGAUGCUGACCUCCUUAGCAAGUUGAAGCCAGUUAUUGUUCAUCUGAAUUAUCACGGUGACAAGCUUACGCGAAUGAAAGCAGUGGUGGAAUACUAUGUUAACGGCAAGCAAGAUGCUCUGCAACCCUUCACUGAUGGCUCGGGCUGAAGGGUAAGAUGUGGCGAAGUGAAGUGUUUUAUAAGACCCCUAAUUUUAUC